ACUCAUUUAAGCGGCUGCUUUUAAAAAUUGUGACUGCAUAAUGUGUUUACGUUCCCUGAGUGCACACAAACUACUCAUAAGUUUCGCGGGAGAUUUUUACUUGACAGCUUUUGAAUAAAAUUUGAAGGUUCAGUAAAUAUGGUUUUUAACUUUUAGUUUGCCUGCUGUCAAAAUAAAAAGAUGUUCAAUAAAUAUUCGAUAUUUUCUAUUUGGUGGAUAAAUGCUAAGUGACAAAAGACAUUUGGACGAUGUAUUUCAAAAUUCAUUUGGAUCAUACCCAAAAUAUGGUAUCCUUAAGGCAAUUUCUAGCUUUGGAAAGCUGGUAAAACCUUCUAUUCAGACUAAAUACGAAUACGUUAUGGAAUAACAAUGUCCAGUGAUAAGAAUCAUUUCAAAAUCUCCAAAUGUGUCAACUACAGAACAAACAACAAAAAUACCGGUAAUGAUUGGGGAGGAGAAUUGUUGAGGGUGAAUGAGCAAGUUUCGAAGAAUAGGUACCAGUCCACAUUCCCUGAAUUAACGAUACAUAAACGAUCUAUGGAUAACUAUGAUGAUUCCUCAGCAGAAAACAGGUUAACGCUCGAUGGAAGUACACUUGAUGUGGCUGAGGAUUCCGGGAGUAGCUCUUUUUCAUCAUCGUCUUCUGAUAUAAUGAGCUCUAGUGUGAUAGAAGGUAAAUGCUGUGAAGAACAUCUGUCAUUAACAAAGGAAAUGGCUGUAAGACUUUUGAAAGAGUACGUCAAAAACCUCAAGGACUUUUCCGCUAUGAUGAGGGAGAGGCAAUCCACAACUGUUAGGGACAUUUCCACUUCUCCGAUACAUUCUCCUACGUUAGACAGUAGUGAUAAGCACAACUGUACCAAGAAGAGAGACUUACAGAAUAUUGACAAUACAUCUUUUAGGCAAAGACCAUCAUCUGUCUUUGGGAUGAGCAACCUGUACCAUAGUGCGUAUGUUAAUGAUCAGCAGUUUCGACCUCAUACGCCAACGAGUAUAGAAAGUUCUACAGAUCGCAUUAUUGAUAUACCUCUCGCUUCCACAAAAAAACACUUUUUUCCUGUGUCACGUUUAUUGAAUGCUGACACUUAUUCAUACAGGCCAAAUAUAUCUAAAACAAUGACCUCAGAUAAGUUUUAUUCCACGGUGGCGAAGAAACAACCCACAUUCACGAAUUAUGACAUAGAUUCAGACGAUUCUGGUCAACGCACACCUAUAAAUUCGGAACCGCGUUUACAUAAUCCAGUUUUACGGUCAGAAAAACAUUAUCAGCUUGAAAAGGAUUGUGGAUUUCCAGUUCCAAUACUUUUGUCUACUCAACCACUUUUGCAGACGACAGAUAAUGAGGAAGCUUUUGGGGUUCUUAAGCAACAUAGUCAAGAAAAAUCAGGGAAAAUAACUAUGUUACCACCCCAGCCAGAGAUAAUAAGAAGCGAAAGACUACACAAACCCAAUAUUUUAAUUUUGGAGGACAAACCAGAUCAGGAGUUUAGUAACAACGAAAUGCAAGCUGAGACAACUCUUUGGUCACCCAAAAAUUCAACUCAUGUGCGCGCAUCUUCUGAUACCUCAAAAAUCGAUAGUUUGAGAAGAAAAUCACCUAGUCCAUCUUACCCAAGUCCAAAUAUUUCUUCAGAAAAUUCGGUACGACCGAGUCCACCUAUACCAACUUAUCAUUCUAGUCCUACACCACAAAUGAAGCUAUACCACUCUGGAACACUAAGGUCAAGUUCUGUACACAGAAUGCCAUCAAACUCACAGACAGAAACUUUGUGGAUAAGCAGUUCGAAUGAUAUACAACAAAAUAAAUCGCACAGGAGUUUGGUUAAAAGUUUAUCGGGCACACCUUUAAGUGGAAUAUCAAGUAACUUGGAUUCUGUUUCACCUGAUAUUGCUUCUUCAUUUUCACAAGUCGGUCAUUCUGAUGAUUCUAUUAAUCAUUUGACAGUUAAUUCAAAGCAAACGACAAGAAAUGAAGGUAACAAACCUAGUCCUAAUGACAGCAGGAGUGUCUUGAAAGAUUUUAAACAGUCCUCAGAUUGGUCAAAUACUUUAUGUUCCCAAAAAAAUGACAUCACGUUCGCAGAUUGUAGCAUGCCAUCUUUUUUGUCUCCUCUACAACAUACGAGUACUCAUGUAACCAGGAUUAAUCAGCAGCCACGUUGGUCACUGAACCCAAGAAAUCCCGUAAACAUCAAUUUGAACGCUGAACAAAAUGGAUCGUUGAAUUAUAAUGGUCAGUCAUCUGACAAAACGCAUUCUGAAUCAGCAGCACCAUCGGUUUCGAUACUUGGUGAAUAUCCAGUUACAAAUAAAAGCAACAGAAAUGAGCCUAUUCGAAGGAUAGAGGAAAUCUCAACACCAAGUAGAAGAACACGAGCAUGUUCUGUAAUUGAAGACGCAUUGUUAUCUUCCAGCAGACUACCUCGCAAAUAUGAAUUUCAGUUGGCUUCAGAUCAGGUUUCACCUAACACACUGCCACAAGUUUAUACCACGAAAAAAAAUCACGAUAUCACUUCUCAGCCUACCAGUGACAAUUCCUAUCCAAAUAAAUCUGAUAUAUCAACUCAGACAGAUGAUUUUUAUUUUAAUUCAUGGACAGCUGAAAGCCUGGAUUCUCCAAAUUGCAAGGAACCAGAGGCUUCAAUCGAAGCAGAACUAUCCUCAUCGGAAAAUGAACCAAGCCUUCAAACUUGGCCUCUUUCUCUGCAAAGUAUUGUGAGACCAGUUGAUCCGGAAAGUAUUUCACCUGAUUCAAUCGAAAAUAAUCAUUUAAGCAGUGUCAAUAUGCAAAUUCAAACAGGGAAAUCAAGUUGCAUGUUAAUACCAACAAAAGACAAUGAAUACAAAAUUCAGCCGAGUCUAGCUUACCAGAAGGAGCCUUGGCGUCGUCAUUCUCUUCGUGUCACACCUUCAGAACCUGCUUUCCCGUCAGCUACGCAGAGAAUAGUGGAUAAUGUAAGCGAAAAGCCACCGCAGAGACUUCCUUCAUCUCGCAAACCACGAACAACCUCAAGACUUAGCGUUGGAAAUCCAAAUGAAGUUGAUGCUCCAAGAUGUCGAAGUGUACAUUUUUCAAGUGAUGUUUUAGUGGCACAUACAGGUUCGGGACCAGAACCUUUGCUUUUAUCUUCAGCACCUUUAAAAGAAUCAGCUUCCGAUGAUGACGAUUUACACGUUUCUAACAUAUUUGAGAAAAAACCGAGUCAUUUAACCAGACUGUCAAUUGACUGUGGUCAAGAUGUACAAUCUUUUUUGAAGCCUUUGAAUACACGUACAAGGAUAAGUAAACCUACAGCUCCACUACCAUAUCGUCGGCAAUUUGCUUUUAACACUGAAAAUAAUUUCGACUUCUGAACAAAAGGACAAGAUCAUUAAUGCAUUAUGAGAAGGCAUUUACAUCUGCUAAGUAUCGAGAAUGAAUGGACUUUCUUCUUAUAUAUGUAACUAAUCAAGGACUUACAUUUCUUCUCCAUUUAACUUUUAUAGUGGUAUUUUUAUUAUCUCAACGUGUGCCUUGAUCAACAAUAAUUUUAAUUUUAGGAAAAUCACUAAGUAGAUGAGUGCAUUUCAAAAGAAGGUGAAUGUGCUUUUCGUAUCUAUGGAACUACUCAAAAGUUUCUUUCUACAUUAAAGUUUUCUUUUUGUUUCGAUUUUCUAAAAUAACAAUUAGUUUAUUGUCUGUUCAACUGUUCAUUCACUUGACUUUAUUAACAUGUAUGUACACGUUAGUAGACAAUGAAAUGAUGUUAUGAAGGUCAGCUUCUAGGCAAUGUGUCAUGGCUUCACACUUCUGCAUAUUUCAGUCCAGCUGAUUAGUAGAAUGAUUGAGUGUUCAUAUUACGAUUGUAGUUUACAGUUUAGCAUUCGAAGUUGUACGGAGUUUCUGAGCUGUGUUAUUUAUUUUAUCACUUACUAAGGACUAAUAACGCGUCAAAAUGCCCCAAUUUAUGCCGAAAGCAAACCUUUGGAGCAUUGGGCUUUACAUUCUACUGCAUACUACUAGUUAAUUAACGCAUAUUACUCUCAUCACAGUAAUACCGUUACGCAACACACAAGAAAUUCCUCUUUCUUUCAAUAAAUAUUUUCUUUUCAUAUGACUAGAUCACUCUUUCAUUUUUCCCCCUUUGUUUUGCAUCACAUAAAUUCAUUUUGAACGGUUUAUACAUUUAUUUAUUUUCAGCUUUCUUUUGCCUAACAACAUGUUUUAGUCGACUCGAGGCCUAUGAAAGAUUCAGAUUCUGAAAAAUGUAUUUAAUAAACGUUUUAUGCGUGAUUUUGCAGAAGAAAUUAGUUACAAAGUGAUGAUGAAUACGUUUUUUAUUGUUUUGUCCUACUUUCGUCUAUGAUGGAUAUAGUGAAAAGAAAAGUAGGUAACUGUUCAUUUGCAUAUGACUAAUCAUAGCAAUAGCUGGGAAUGAUUCAGAUGUUGACCACGCGUCUUAUGUUUUCUCAUCAUAUGACACUCCUUACAAAUAAUUGAAUUUCAUCCGUUUGUCUACUAGUCAGCUUGCGGUAUUUUUCGAUUAUUACUUGAAACAUACAUGAGGACCACAAAAUUUAAGUAGUAAGCAAGUAGAAAGAAAGUACUUUUGUGAGAUUAUUUGAGACCCCUAAAGAAUAAUAUAAGAACUUGUGAAGUUUGAUUUUACGCAAUCACGAAGAAAAUGAAUUUAUAACAUCUUCGAAACCUGUAUUUCUAACUGUAGUUUGUUGAUAUGCCGGCUUUUCCCUGUCUCGCACUCAAUAUCAGGACGCUGAUAUAAAGUGUUGAGAUAAAAUGAAAUGCUCACUAAUAAACCUCCAGAUAAGUUAG